ACUUGAGGAAGAUAUUUGGGAUUCAUGUGCGCGAAAGUUCCUUCUCUCACACCGAAAUUGAUCACAAAAAUAGAUCUCAAUUUUCACACGAGGGGCUCUGUCUGAGGAAAAAUCUUCAGUGCUGUGAUUUCAGUUGGAUGUCAAGUGAAGAGCUUAUAAGACGAGGUUUUCUUCCACUUUUCUGGGUGUCAUAUGGGAAUUUCCCAGCAUACACACACACACACAUCCAUUCAAUUUAAGUGAUUUCGAGUACAUCCUCUCCUCCUUGGGGGAGGAGAACAUGGUCCUGGUGAAGGAGAGCAUUUUUCACAAAGUUGGGUGACACAAAUCUUUGUACGUGAGUGAAAGACUGAGCUUUUUGUCUUGGAUACGGUUGAAAUUUAAUGUGAAACUCAACAUGUGAGUAAAUUUUCCAUUGAAAAUGUCUUUUCUCAGAAAAUUCAGUGAGAGUGAGGUGGAAGAUUCUUAAAAAUACAUCACACAGACACAAAAAAGUUUUGCAGUGCAGUUCCUUAUGUGUUGUAAUUUAUAUUUAAACCCGAUGUGCCUGGUACGAUCGAGUGGAUCCGUCCGGAUGCCACUCUCUCUCAAUGACUUCAAUCUCAGCAUCUUUUUCCUGGGAUGCACUUUCCUGACAGCCUAAUGCCAAAGAGAAUUUGCCCCGAAAAAGGGUGACAGUAUAUUGCCCAUAAAUUGCGCACUUCUUCAAAGAAUCUCAUCUUAGAUUAACAAAAUAAGAAACUUUAUGUCCCCAUAAAGCCCCAAUACAUAUGUAUGAGACUUUCUCGCCAUUUUCUCCGUUUUCAUUGUGACUAUUUUGCGCUAUUUUUGCUGUUGAUGUGAGUAUUUCAAUUAAAAUUUGCGGUCAGAACAGCCGAGAAAGACAUUUGCGUUGCUUGGCAUUUGGCCGCGGGUGAUGUUGGUACAAAGUGCCGGUGGAAAAGAGGAAAAGCCAGGAAAAAGGGGAGCAGACAAUUGAAAUUGUGUGAGUGAUUCGUCUAAUGUGGAAUUUGGGAAAUUCGGUCACACAACCCAAGAGAUGCAAAUCAACGGAAUGCAACAUGCUUGAUGAGUUGAGAGGACAAACGAGAUGAACACUAGUCGCAAGAAUAUCGGACACAUUCACAGAGUCCGGGAAUUUGAGCUUGAAAAGGUGAGCCUAGCCGAUGAAUUUGAUAUCCUACAAAUUGUCGGCGAAGGAUGGUUCGGAAAGAUUCUUCUGGUGGAACACAAAGCCACAGACACGGAGAUGGUUCUGAAGGCCUUGCCAAAGCCCUACGUCUCCCUUCGUGAUUUCUAUCGUGAAUUCCACUUUGGACUGCAUCUGGGGGCUCACAAGAACAUCGUCACAACGUACGAUGUGGCCUUUGAGACGGCAGGAUUCUACGUAUUUACCCAGGAAUAUGCACCUCUUGGGGACCUCACGUCCAACGUCCUGGACACGGGAAUUGGGGAGAUUCACUCCAAGAAGGUGGCCAAACAGAUAGCCUCAGCACUUGACUACAUGCACUCCAGGGACAUCGUCCAUCGAGACGUAAAGCUGGACAACGUGUUGGUCUUCAAGUCGGACUUUUCGCGGGUCAAACUCUGUGACUUUGGUGAAUCCCGCCGGAUCAACGCCAGUGUUCAGCGUCGCAACGAAUGGCUGGCCUACAGUCCUCCUGAAGUCCUUGCUGUACGAACGGAUGAUACAUACAAGACCAAUCCCUCCCACGAUGUUUGGCAGUUUGCAAUCGUGGUGUUUGUAUGCCUUACAGGGUGUCUUCCGUGGCAGAAAGCAGCCCAAGAUGACCCUCGAUAUGUGCGCUACUUUGCAUGGCAUACAUCCAAUUUGGCAUUUCCCAUUAAAAGACAGCCGAAACUCUUCAAACUCGUGUCAGCGCGCGCCAGUAAGAUGUUCCGCAAAUUCCUGGAGCCGCGCCAGGAACGUCGGCCCAAGAGUCUCAGCGAACUCUCUAAGUACCUCGAUGAUCGAUGGCUGGCUAAGGGAGCAGAAAAGGAGAUUUCCUCAAAUGAACCCGAUGAACUCUGCCCGUCGAUGUAUUCCUUUCAUAGCAGCCCUGAGGAGAAGAACAAGCUUCUGUCUGCGCUGGCUGAGGCAGGGAUCGAGACGACAGUUGAUCGUGUGGCUAAGAAAGCUAGGAUUAGGGAUUGGAUUCAAUCCUCCGUGAUUACAGAGGAAGACGAAGAAGAUGAUUCAGGAACAACAACGCCUUCGUCCACUAUGUCCCGGACACCGAUAGCGGGGCAUGUAUCUUCUGUUCGAGCUGAAGAACAGAAAGAACAGCAGUAUCACAGUACAGUGAAGGAUGCUUCAAGGAAGCAUCUGGACCCUCGCACGGGGAUCGUUCAAAGCGGACCGAGCGAGAUGGUAAUUGCAAACCAAGAUGUUCAGGCAACUGAGCCUAAGCUUAAUGGGGCUCAUGCUGGAGACAUCGACCGGAAGAUGUCUGUAGCAUCAACCGGAUCAAAUAUGCAAACAAUGGUAAAUGCGCGGCUGGAGUUCCCCAUGAAGGGGCCAAAUAGUAACAUCAGGGCCUACAAUGAGACCCAAAACUACUCCUCGCGAUCCAUUGUGAAUACACCAAAUGAUCGUGGAAUUAUCUCCAAGGGGAUCAUGUCAACAAUUCGAUCAAUUGCCAAUGUAACCGUUCCGGAAUUGGCAAAUUCAGCAGUUAAUAAAGAUCGCUAUGAAGAUACGAAAUCUCCAGUGAUCUCACCUGUUGCCGUCAAGAGAUCUUCCGUGCGAUCUUCGGAUUCUGGAGGAUCACUUUUGAUGAACAAUUCAACUUCAUCAAAAGAUCCCAGUCCCUUUGAUUCAUCCUCGAGUUCUCGGGGAUCAACGGGUUUUGUCAACAUCGUGGGAUCAUCAACAACAAUGAAAGACACGCCGUACGAUCGUAUCGUACCCAAAGCAAAGAAGAAGUAACCAGACAAUUCAAAGAUAAACUCCUAAAAAGCCCCCAUAUUUUUGAUUCUCAUAAAUAAUCCCCAAUAAAGAAGUUUCCAGACAAA